GUAAGGAGGCAAUGGGCACCAGGAGGGCGUUGCAGGAGAUUGCCGUCUCCUAUCUGGAAAGCCAAAAGGAUGAUCUCAUGGAAGAGAAGGAAGGUGCUCCUCUGUCUCAGAACAAGUUGCUCACCUCAACGAGCAGAAGUUCUAAUAGAUACGCACCUGAUGAUGAGCACAAGGAAAACAUGUCGCCUGCUGGCUGUGAAAACUUUACCAAGGAAAAGUACACGUGUCUGAAAACUGGACCAGAAUCUUCAAAGGAACCCGAGCGCGAUGCAAGGAGUAGCACCUGUGAUCAGGUCCGGAGUUGCUCAAGUCUAGAAGAUAGCAGAGUUUCUCAUUCUAAAUCCAGCCUGGGCCAGCAGGUAGAUGAUGAGACUGUAAACCCUGACCCCAGAGAUGGGAACUAUGCCACUCCUAAGAGAGACAUCCAGGUGACUGAUCUGCCCGAUGACCCCGGCCAUACUCCAAUGGACUUCUCCAAAGCCACUGCGGCUGAUUUUGGCAUAUCUCCUGAGAGCUUCACCAACCGGUGUGCUGGAAAAUCUCCCAAAUCCCAGCUAAAGUACAGACGCAGGUCUACUAUCGGUGUCCGCGGCUCCCCGGAGAUGAACUUUCUGAUCCGUCAGAUUGCUCAGCAGAGGAGCAAAGCGAAGAUUGAACCCGAUCUCUCGGCAAAUCCAUUUACAUCUCCACGGAAUUUUUUUCUGAAGAAUAAGAUGUCUGCCUUUCGAAAUGCUUUCCAGGCAGUUGAAGAGAAUGAAGGAAAUAUCCCUUUUGCUGGAUUUUCCGAUGAGACGGAAUCUCGGAGUAACAGUGGUGGUGUAAAAGCGGAGGGAUUUGAGCCACCUGAGAAAAGAAAGAAGACUUGUAAUGAUGUGGAUCUGAUGACAUUCAGCGGCCCUACAAAGCAACGGGAUCAGUCUUUGGCCUCUCAAACGCCAGGAAAUACAGAGGAAAGCCAUACGAUACUGACAUGUGAGGAAACGCUCACAGAAUCUGAGUGUUCGUUGGCCUCGGGACCUUCGCCCAGUGUCUCUGUGUCCUCAGCAGAGCUGCAGCCUGCGCCUCUCUCCUCCAAACCACGGCUGAAGAGGAAAGUGAUGUUUGCAGAUCUGCUGAGUCCUGGUUCAUCAUCGCCACCAAAACAGCUCCCGGAAAUAGAGGACCCUUUUGCCACUUAUCCGUGUCCCAAACCAUUCAUCAGACCUGCAUUAAAGAAGACUCCGAGAAGAGCUAUUAAUCCCAUGGUGAGAUUUGCAGUGGGGGAGCUUGAAGAAGAGAAUGAUCUCCUGCCUUCUACCGCAGAACAUUCCUCGGAUCAUGAUGGGAACGUUCACUUUAGAUUCAGUAGACUGGAGUGCGCCAAGGAUUCAGUGAAAAAGAAGAGGGUUACUUUUGGAAGGGCGUUAAGCCCUGAGUUGUUUGAUAAAACGCUUCCAGCUGACACCCCUCUUCGACGAGGGAGCACCCCGUAUAACCAUCGUACGCCAGGUAACAUGACGCCGGGAGCAGCGAAGGCAACCGUUCAGAGCCCCUUUGAGUCGCUUCUGCAACCAGAUUUUGACAAUGCGGAGGAGACGAUUCAGCCGCUCUCUCUGUGUUUUGAUGAAGAGACCUUUAGCUGCGACACAACCUCGUCGGACUCCUUGCCAGGACACAAAGAUGAGAUUCCUGGUGAAAAAGCAGACGGCAUAAAACUGAGCACACCCCAAACUUCCAGUUCUCUGGAUGACUUCUUACCGCAGUCUUCACCAGAACGCAGCCCAGCUGAGCCUCCAAAAGACGCACAGAGUCCGACUGGUGCGGAAGCCGAGCUACUGCUCAGUGAAAACACAGAAAGCGUAAUGCAAGAAAGCACGUCGGUCCCAUGCAGCUGGCAGCACAAACCCUCGCCUCCAGGAAACGGCCAGACCGUCCACCAAGAAGAUGCACAGAAUCCCGCGGAUACUGUUGUGUCCACCCCAGAGUCUGGUUCCUUAGUUCGUGGUAGCAGGGUUACUCGUUCUGCCUUAAAGAGAGAGUUCUGCGUUUCGGAGGAGAGUACCAUGAGUAACGGCUCACAAAGUGAACACCAAGGCAAGGCUGCUAAAGUGAAGCGAGUUUCCAAAAAGGGUGCAGACAGGAGGCCGGUUGCAGCCAGGAAAGCUCAGAUCAAAGCCAUUCGUGGAAAAGGGAAAAAGACCCGUGGAAGGCCUAAGAAAUCUGUACAGAAGGUGCAGCAUGAGCCGCUGCAGGCAGUUUCUAAGAAGCCACUCCUGAGCCCUAUUCCAGAGCUCCCCGAAUGUUGUCCAACACCCCCUGUGUUCGCAGCCUGGAAUUUCACUUCAGGUACAACUGUAACACCUACACGCAAACAAAUAGUGAAAGUUCCAAAGGCAAAAUCUAUUCGUAAAGUUCAAGGAAAAGUGCAAAGGAACACCGAUGACUUUGGGCUUCAAGAGCCUGGAGAUGAUUGUGUGAAAAAAGAAGAGGAACCCAAUAUUUUAAAUGUUUCUUUGAUGGAGACGGCUCAUACAGCAAACGGCACAUUAGAUGGUAAAGUUGUUGACCAACACAAGCAUGACCACAUCAAUACACCUUUAAUCCAAGCAGAACCUUCCCAGGAUACUAUGUCCAUCCUUGACGCAGUCCAACAGAUAGCCGGCCAAAGCAACAAAGUUUCCCAAAAUCCCGAAGGACCAGUGGGGGAGGAACUGGGUAGAAUAUCUAUGCCUAUAGUAGUGGGCACUGUUGCAACUUCACCAGGCACCAAAGUCGGCAAAACAAGUAGCAUAAACUCUCGGCGCAGAUCAAAGAGGCAAUCUGUCAGCUGUAAUAUCGAACCAAAACAAACCCUGCUAGAAGAAGAGGUAACCGCGGUGAAUGUGGCAGGACUUGAUGGUUUGCACGGUUCACAGACUACAGCAGGCAAUGCCGACGACCCACAACCUGUUCAUACUGUCCAGUCCACUCAAAAGCAGGCGCCCACUCAAAGCUUUCCAAGCACAGUUUUGUCAUUGAAGCCCAUAGUGGUCGGUAAAUCUGUAACACACCAGAUGACCACAACUUGCACGGUCCUUGAUGAGGGUCUAGAAAACGGAGGCAUCAGUCAUUCUGCUGUGUCACCGAGUGCUGGGCAAAUUGCUGCCUUGAUGGAUAAUCCCCUACAGUUUGGUGCAAAGAACGGGAAGAAGGUGAGACGCAGCAUGAGGCUUCGGAGAGAGUCUGAUGCCAACGGCCUUUCUUGGGUGCAGGAGGAUAACCGGAAAGAGGUGAAAGGAAGAAGGUCCGUAAGUUUCUCAGUGGCAAGGCAAACCGAAAGCCCUAAAUGGCUGGUAGAAGAUAAGGUAAAUAGUCCAAUCAAAGAAGACCAGAAAACCCCGGCUGCCCCCAAUGUAGAAAAGAAAUCCAGGAGGAGAACACUCUGUAUGUCUGCUCUACGGGAAACGACAGCUUUGCCUAAAACACUCAGGAGAAGGUCGGAUUGUUCCAAACAAGAGUAAGUUUUAUUUAAAGCUGAUGAAGAAACAGAUUGAGGUAUCCCUCCCAGAAGCCAGGGUGCUUCAAUGUGUGGCUUUCAAAAAAGAAAAUGAAGCUCAAGGUAACUGUGGAGGGAACUCUGUUUAAUGGUGACUUUAUGAAUCCAGUUGUGGCUCCUCUUUCAACAACUUCAAGAACAACUUGAGCUCGAAUGCUGAUGCUGAAUGCCCUCAAAAUAAGACUGCAAAAUGUUUUUAGGCGCUGGUUUUCCAGGCUUAAUUGAGGUUUUUGUUAGGGUUUGAGAAAUCUUCACUGGUGUCAGAUGGCACUCCUCCCUAUUUGUUCUAAAUGUGGAAAUAUCUGUAUAUUCCACAUAAAAGCUGGUAUAACUCUAUAGUUUGUGGUGGUUGCAUCAGACUUGCUGUGCACAUUCAACAAAUAUCUCGUUUUUGUCCAGUUGUUUUGUUCACGUCUUUUUUUGUAAAUGUCGUCUAUUUCCUCAUCGCAGCUUGGUGGCGGCGCGUUUAACAUACUGUAUGUUCAUUGUAAUACCCAAGCCUGCGUUUUGAUUCUUUACGCUGUCUUUCCUUUUUUAUGUGUUUGUUCUACAUUAAAUGAUGUAUUUUAGGUCUUCCAGUCUUAUGUGUGUCAUGCACUUUGCCCAGAAGCUCUUACAGAUGCAAAGCAGGACAAUGCUUGCUCAUUAAUUCGACCCUGAGGUUUAUGAAGUCGCUGAUCAGCGCUGGUAUUGAUAUGGUUGGAUGUUUGCACCUCCUUUUGGGCAUGAUGGCUUUGAUAAGGCUACAUGUACGCAUCUGAAGCAGAGCUGUAAAUUACUGCUGCAAUUAAUAAAUUUAUUGCCUUUAAUAAA